AUGGUCCAAAUACUAUCACUGAUCCAUAGCAAAUAUGGUAGUCUAGGUAGCAUGCCCUACAUACCAGCAGAGAUCACAAACCUAAAGGAAAAGUACCACAGAGAGAGAAAGUUGGCUGACAUAGAAGACACGAUUGCCUACUUCAAAGAGAAAGCAAAAGAAGAUCCUGAUUUCUUCUACAGAAUAAGACUAGACGAUGAGGACCGCGUCAGAAACAUGUAUUGGGUGGAUGGUGCAACAAGAAGAGCCUGCAAGCAUUUUCGUGAUUGCAUUUCUUUCGACGCAACAUAUCUCGUGAAUAUGUACAAGAUGCCAUGUGCUCCAUUCAUAGGAAUAAAUAACCACAAUCAAUCCUUGCAGUUCGGUUGCCGCCUCGUGCGGAACAAAGAUAUUGAUGGUUACACUUGGUUGUUCAAGACCUUCUUGGAGUGCAUGGGUGGACUUUCUCCGAUGAACAUAAUAACAGACCAGGACUUUAGCAUGCGUGUAGGCAUAGAGGAGGUCUUCCCCAUGGUAGUGCACAGGCACUAUAGGUGGCAUAUUAUUAAGAAGGCAGAAGAGACUCUAGGAUCAUUCUUUGAUAACCAUCCAGAUCUACACAAGGCAUUCGAGUUGUCUGUGGACCACAGCUUGACAGUGGAAGAGUUUGAACGAAGCUGGACGGCUAUGAUUGAAAAAUACCAAGUCCAAGACAACGAGACCCUUAAGAACCUGUGGGGGAACCGGAUGUACUGGGUGCCAGUCUUUUUUGUGCGGUGCUUUUAUCCAUUUCUGCAGACUAUGUAA